UAUAACAUACGUGUUUUAAAUCAGUAUACGUUGGUCGUUGAGUGAUAAUCGCAUAAACUGAUUCAAUUGAACGUCUUAGUAAAAAUUUGAACAAAUAACAACAUGCCAUUUAAUAAUAUAGAUGGAAGUAAUCAUUAUCAAUAUGGCAUAAAAUCAACUUUAGCUCAGUGUUGGGCAAUAUCAGGAGUUUGGUUCUUGCAAAUAGCACUCGGUGCUCAAGUCAUGAUAUCCACUAUAGUUAUUGGGGCCUUAGAGAAUAACGCAUCCAAAGACUCAAACGAAUUUUUGAGAAUGACAAGUGAAGAAGCAUCUUGGUUCGCUAGUUUGUUAUAUUUGUUCACACCUGUGGGUAAUAUUCUAUCUUUGUUUUUACUGGACCGAUUUGGCCACAAGAAGUGUAUGAUACUGACAAACAUACCGAGCAUAGUAGCUCAGAUAAUGUUGUACUUUGCCGGAAACAUAGAAAUGCUGUACGUCAGCUCAAUCCUGUUGGCGUUAACUUUAGGGUUUUCUAACGCUCCGAGUUUUGCGUACGCCGGUGAAGUGUGCGAACCAAAACUAAGAGGCGUGUUGAUUUCGGCCACAAACAUAUUUUAUUGUGGUGGAUCCAUAAUAUUGAUUAUGGUGUACAGUAUUACCAUGCAAUGGAGAUUGACAGUGCUAUUGACCACGGUGUUUCCAAUUUUGACUAUUGCUUUAUCAUUAACGACGCCAGAUUCUCCGGUGUGGUUAUUGGCCAAGGGAAAACAUUCAAAAGCUCACCGAAACCUUAGCAGAUUGAGGGGAAAAGUUUCGUACGAAAAAUGUGAAAAUGAAUUUCAAGAAAUGGUCAGAUACAAUUCGCCCUCCAAAAAUGACGAUCCGAAUCGUAAAGAAAAUAUUAUAGAUAAUUGGAAACAACUGUUUGAGCCCGAAGUCAUGAGACCUUUUCGUUUGAUCAUGAUGUAUUUCUUMUUCCAGAAUUUAGUGUCUGGAUUGCCAUUAUUACCAUAUUUAGUUUCAAUACUUCAUAAAUUUGGAGCGCCAGUUAACGUUGAAUGGACAAUAUCAUUCGCUAUGGCUCUUUCUGUAGUAGGGAGUUUAAUGGCGGUUKUUUUAAUACGUAAAUUAGGCAAACGAUUUCUCACGUUAUUUACGUUAUCGAUUUGUUCUAUUUUAUAUAUAACAAUUGGGCUGAUCGGUGUUUAUUGGAAAAAUGCAGAACCAAUAACCUCUUGGAUAGUACUAGUACUUUUUCUUACUACCAUUUUUAUUUCAUCAGUUGGAAUAGUGCCAAUCUCGUGGACCCUUGUAACAGAAAUUUUUCCAGCAAAGAGUAGAAAUAUUUUGUGCAGUAUUUGUACGUGUUUAUUUUUUAUCAUAACCUUUUUCUUGACAAAAUAUUACCCGGAUUUGUCAAUAUUAUUGGAAUUUUAUAAUGUAUUUACUACAAUUGGUAUUGUUGGUUUAUUUGGCUGUGUAUAUUUUUAUUUUUGCUUACCAGAAACUGAAAACAAAACCUUACAAGAAAUUUCGGAGUUUUUCAAAUAAAAACAAACGCUCAAUCGUUUUAUUUUUUUUUUUAAAUUCAAUACUGGUGAACUUUGUAUGUACAAAAUGUUUUUUAAUUAUAUUAAAAACUUACUGAUUUUCAUUACAUCAAAUCUCGAUGGAUUACGAGGACAGAAAAAAAUGUAGGUAUACAAAUAUAAUAUGGUAUACUGUAAUUUAUUGUAUGCACAUAGUACAUAAACAUAAAAUGAGAUUUAGAUACAUGCAUUAUUCAGAUAUUAUAUUAUGUUAACAAUGAUAAAGUUUAUAUUGAACGAAUAUCUUUGUAUGUAUAAAACAAAGUUUUUUUUUUUAUGUCUUGGAUAAUAUCGAAACAUUGUUAAUUUUUAAAUAUUUUCUUUUAUUGUUAUGUUUACAAUCACAUACAUACCUUGAUAGUUAGUACGAUAAGAUCAAAGCAAAG